AUUGACAUAACAAAAAUGUUUGUGUUUACUUUUACAAAAACAUUUUGUUUUCUUCUUAUUCUGAUUUGUUUUCGGUAAGUCGAUUUAAAAAUGAAACGAAGAAAGCAGGCAGACGGGAAUGGAUUCGAUGAAUGGGGUGGUUACAUGAAUGCGAAAAUAACCAAACUAGAGGAGCAAUUCGAUGAGAAUGCAUUCAACUGCUUUAAAAAGUCGAAUCUCUUUUCUGGCAUAUCAAUAUUUGUGAAUGGUUUGACGGAUCCUUCGGCGGACGAAUUGAAACGAAUUAUGAUGUCUCACGGCGGAACUUAUCACACCUAUCAGAGAACCAACACAUCAUUUGUUAUAGCCAGCAAUUUGCCGGAUGUUAAAAUUCGGCAAAUAACAAGCACGUCCAGCUCGAAAAUCAUACGACCACAAUGGAUUGUCGAUUGUUUGAAAGUGGAGCGCAUUUUAGAUUAUUCGAAUUACUUACUCUACACCAACUGUACAUCAAAUCAACGGAAAAUGACCGAUUUUCAAUCAGAUACAACCACUAAUUCAAAGGCCAUUAAGAAUGUUGACGAAACGGUUACGACCGCGACGCUUGCAGACGAGAAAUUUAUUGCCGACGUACCACCACCACCCGUGGACAUGUCUAAAGAAUUAGAUUUUUUGAAUAAGCGGAUGCAGGACAUGGAUUAUUCAGAGAUUGAAGACAACAAUUGUGGGUUAAUUGAAACCAAUACAGGGAAAAAGGACCUCAAGCCGUCCGCUCGAACGGCAGUAGAUUCAAAUUUUCUCUCUGAAUUUUACAACAACUCUCGGCUUCAUCAUAUCUCAACAUUGGGAGCAAAGUUCAAGGAGUACAUUUCUGAGUUGAGAGAAAAUCACAGCGGUCAAUUUCCAGAUCGGAAUGCGCUACUCCCUUUUGCAUCUAACGAGACAGGAGAAUAUGAAGGGAAAUCGGCAAUAAUGCACAUCGACAUGGAUUGUUUCUUUGUGUCAGUUGGGCUACGUUCUCGACCGCAACUGAGAGGAUUUCCAGUAGCAGUAACACAUUCAAAAGGUGGAAACAGUGGCAAUCCUAAUACCGACAAGUCUCUGUCAGAAAUUGCGUCUUGUAGCUACGAGGCGAGGAAGAUGGGUCUAAAAAACGGAAUGUUUGUGGGAAAGGCUUUGCAGCUUUGUCCGGAUCUGAAAACAAUUCCUUACGACUUCGAUCAGUACAAAGAGGUCGCUGUUACUCUGUACGAUACCAUAGCUAAGUACACUUUAGACAUAGAAGCCGUGAGUUGCGAUGAAAUGUACGUGGACCUGAAAGACGUUUUACAGGCAACUCGUCUAAAUGUCAUGGAAUUCGUAUCAUUCGUUCGAGACGAAAUAAAGACGAAAACUGGCUGUCCUUGUUCGGCUGGUGUUGGGGCUAAUAGGCUACAGGCCCGAAUGGCUACAAAGAAAGCUAAGCCCGAUGGUCAAUUCGAACUGCUAGAGAAUCAUGUGGACGAUUACUUCUUAAAUAUUGAUAUAUCCGAUCUGCCUGGCGUUGGAUACAACAUCACCAAGAAACUCGAUCAACUCGAUUGGAAAACAUGUGCUGAUCUGCGUGAGGUUACACUGUCUCGUUUGCAGCAAGAAUUCGGAGCCAAAUUCGGGAUGACACUCCAUCAAUUCUGUCGCGGAAUCGACACUAAGCCACUGGUCUUUGGGCAUGUGAGAAAAUCAGUUUCCACGGAAGUGAAUUAUGGAAUUCGUUUCACCAAGCAGUCGGAACUGGAAACAUUCCUGAGGCAACUCUGCACAGAAGUUCAUCGUCGACUGAUGGAAAUCAAACGGCGCGGUAAAUCGAUCACACUUAAGUACAUGGUGCGAGCCGAAGAAGCUCCAGUAGUAACCGCUAAAUUCAUGGGGCACGGCAUGUGCGAUCAUGUGACUAAAACGACAACGUUGAAUGAUUUCACAGACAAUUUUGACGUCAUUUUACGCACGGUGAUGUCAAUUCAAACACAACUUAAUGUCCCACCUGAAGAACUACGGGGAAUUGGGGUUCAGAUAUCAAAAUUGGAUUCCACAGAUGAUGUGGUCAAAGGGAAAAAUUCGAUCAAAAGUUUAUUUGAAAAAGUGGCCGAAAAAAAGCAGCAGAAAAAAGAAGAAUCGGUCGUGUCAGCCGUCGCUCAAAAGAAUGAGGAAACGGAUUCCGAUUGCAAAGCCAAUGAACGUGUUCUACGACCUUCAAAUAAUAAUUUAAAAAAAAGUGUUGACACUUCUCCGAAGAGCAGAGGACGCGGCAGAGGCAGGGGAAGAGGAAGAGGUAAAGGACGUGCAGGUGCGUCUCGUGUGACAAGAGGUCGGAAUUUGUUUGCGAAAAGCGAAGACCGUUCUGCUGAGAGCGAUUUCGAAAGUUCGUACGAGGACUUGGAUAUGGAUGUUUUAGCUGAAUUACCGCACGAAAUUCAAGAGGAAAUUUUACGAGAGCACAAAGUGAAAACGAAAAAACCGAAGAAAGUGGAACCGAUAUCAAGAAAGAAGAAAGUUGACGAUGGAAUUGACGAAGAAUUUUUAGCGGCAUUGCCACCAGACAUUAGAAAGGAAGUUCUUCAACAGCAGCGAGCUAAUUCGAAGACAUCAGAACAAUAUGCGAAAACAAGUCCCGUUGCAGAGAAACAUCCACCUCCCAGUGAGGUAAGAGCGGUUGCUCUACCGAUUGAAGCGGCACAACCAAAGACGCUAUCCGAAAACAAUGUGUUAGGCAAGAAGAAUUGGCGGAGCACAAUGACGGCCUGGCUUAACAGUACAACGGAACCGUUAGAAGAAGAUAUUCAAAUUUUUGCCAAUUAUGCGUGUGAACUGAUUGACCUGAAUAUGCUGAAUGAACUCUACUUGAUAUUUCGCUGUUUGUUCAGAUUGACAUCGGAAUUGAAUUCGUGCCAGUGGCAUUCAGCCUAUUUUCAAAUUAUUAACGUGCUGCAACAGUGCAUGCUUUCUAAAUAUAAGACAAAAUUGCGGGUCGAAACAAAGUUUCGAUGCAACUGCACUUGAGACCAAAUAUAAUUCAAAGACAAAG